CCAACCUCACACCACUGAGUUUGUGGUCAGCACUGGUGCAAGGUACAGUCGUAACGGAAUUCUCAUUGCGAUAAGCCGGUUUCUCAGUAAUGUGUAACGAGAUUCAUUCAAUUGUUUAUACAUCUAGUUCCUAGAUUCUGCAAAUCAUCUCGAAUUGAAAUGCAUCGACUAUUAGUUGUAGCUGCUUGGCUCUCGUGUCUUGUGACAAUUGGGGAAUGUCUGCCAGUGCAAACACCAUGCGAAUUUCGACAGCCAUUGACUGAUGUGUCAUUCAAUUUCACGUCGCUCAUAAUUCCCACGACAGAUUAUGUUCUUAGAAAUGAUAUAACGAAUGAGACGCUGAAGUUUCAACUUUGUCAUGAGCUUCAUGACGAUUGCAAUGGAGGUACCUCUGCUGCUUGUUUGGAAAAUGGAAAAGAGCACAUUUCGAUAGGUGCAUACCCACCCCAACGCAUUACUGAAAAUGGUAGCAUCAUUUUUCGAUUUAGUGGCGAUACGUGCCUCAAGGAUAGACCAUAUACUCUCAGUGUUAUCACCCACUGUGACUUCUCGGAAACUGAUAAUAAACCUUUUCUUUUUCCUUACACAAAAGGCCAGUGUGACCUCUUCAUCUCGUGGAAAACAAAAUUGGCCUGUGGAUCGCCUCCAAAGUCGGUGGAUUGUAAAAUAAAAAAUGCUGAUGGAGAUGUCGUUGAUCUGAGCCCUCUGCAAAGCCAAGUGAAUAACUAUGUGAUAAAGGGUACAACUAAUAUCACCUCGAUUAUUCUUAACGUAUGCCACUCGGUGAUACCUGGAUACGGGGCUGUGUGUCCAUCCAAUUCGGGGAUCUGCCUGAGGAACGAAAGCACAUCUAUCAUGAGUUAUUCAAAUCUGGGAGAUGUACAGCCGCCGCAAUUGAUCAAUGGCACGAUAGCACUACACUAUAACGAAGGAAAAAUAUGUGAUGACGGUAGUGCAGACCAUUCGGAGGCUACAAUUUACCUCAUAUGUGAUUUUAAAUCACAGAAUACCUUUCCAGUUCUGACGGACUCCAGUGGCUGUCAUUACAAACUCCUCUGGAAGACUGCUGCAGCCUGUAGUGAUAAACAACUUGAGGAAUACAGUCGGAAAACAGCCAACCCUUGCAAAAUCCGUGAUCCAAUCACUAACUUUGAGUACGACCUGGAAGACCUCAAACGUAAAGAGAUCAUUGUCAAAAGUUCCAAUGAAUCCUUUAAAUUAAGUGUUUGUCGGCCUCUGACGAGUAAAGCUUGUGAAGAUAAUGCAGGGGUUUGUCGAUCGUCCAAUCUCACUACGUUCGGUCUAUCCAAUUCUCAACUCCUGUGGUCCCCAGCAGGACCAUAUCUCAAUUACACAAACGGUUCAGUAUGUGAAAAUGGAAAUCGACGUUAUUCCAUUAUUCAAUUCACCUGUUCAAAAGAAAAAGAGACGGACCCUUCGAAGAUCACGAUAACUGAGGAAUUGUGCUCCUUGAAAAUUCAGUGGCCUACUCCCCUCGUGUGUGCACCAAUGAAUUAUCCACCCCAAUCAAAUGAAGUCUCUUCAACUUCUCCUCCAACGACGGCCAAAGUAAUUUCAACGGUGGCACCGCAACCAACACCAAAAACAACCAACGAAAUCAGUAAUGUUAAUAAGUCCAUGACUAAUCACUCGAUUACGACUGAUUCAUUAAACGAAGGCAAAACUGCUGCGGCGAGUACUUCACACGGUGGACUUAUUGCAUUUUUCGUGAUUUUGAUUGCGUUCGGUCUUGUUUGUGGGAUUUAUCUUGCGAAUCCCGUUCGCAGAUCGAAUUUAUAUGCUUCCUGCAGCUCUAUGUUCCUUCGUAGGACCCCAGCUCGUAUGGCAUAUUCUCAGGUGAAUAGCGUCGAAGAGACAAAUUUAUUGCUAGACACUCCAGACACUUGCUGUCAGUCCGACAGUGACGAUGAUUUAUUAAGAAUAUAAAAAAAAAAAUCCAUAAUAACUCGUAACCACUCGAGAAAUGAGAAAACUAGUGCACUACGUACCUUAAAAGAGAUAAUCCACUGUACUAAAGUAUUUUAUUGAAUGAGUGUUUAUAUUUUUUAAUGCACGUUGACUACUACAAACUACUAUAAAACUUUAAGCUUUCCAUGAAUUAAUCAAUAAUAAACUCAUUAAAAUUGAAA